AUGCCUGUCCGGACGGAUCUGGUUCUACGCCUCUUUCACUUCUGGCUGGAGAAUGUACUUAUUCCUCUUCUUAGGGCCUAUGAAGCUAAGCUUAGGGAACUACAAACUCAAGCUCUGGAUAUAUACGGUAAGUUGCCAAGUUUUCUGCCUAUUACAUGCUGGCUGUGCGUUUUCAGUGUCCUUUAGCACCAAUUAAGGGGUAAACACAAGUCUUCUCCAUGCAUUAAUGUUAUUUAAUCCGAAUGAAGAAGGCUGGGCAUGUACGUUAGUCUUGUUAGUACAGAUAAGAGACUGACUGAAUGCAACCCUUAAUGACUGGACACUUUCUCAGAUUCAUUCAUGAGUAUCCUGCCAAAGGGCCUUGCUAUCAAAAACUGAAUGCAUUGGCAGGUACAUUGGAACGCUGCCAUAAGAUUGUUUGUAUAACAUAUGCCGGAAGUGGUUUUACUGGUUUAACUUGGAAAGAUGUAAGGAGAAUCCACUUUCUGUGCAGAAGCACGAUACGUUCUUCCAGGCCCUAUGGAAAGCAACUCGCAUCUGUUUCUUACUCAUUUACUCUAAACCUGGGCAGAAGACGUUGAGACUGGAUGGGAUGGCCCACAUUUGAGAGAAAACCAACUUUCGAGACCUGCAGAAAGACAUCAAGAGUUCGGUCAGAAAUUGCGAUGUCGGGAUGGGAUGGGAUGUAGGAAUGUCCUGUUAGAAGAGGAUGACUAAACCAUGGUCGACAAAUCGACGUCCAACGCUACCCUACCUAACCAAUAGGGUGGGAGUAGGGUGGAUUUGUGCAGAAAAUAACCAAUGACAAACAGCGUCGCUCUCAGUGUCUAAUAACUACAUCCUUAGGCGAAUGUUCUUGUAUGCGUCUGUUGUUUUCCCCAGGUAAUUACUCCACGGUUGCUGCUCAGGGGGAUGCAUCUAGCGACGGAUCAUCCCAACAUUUCCCCCACAUCUACCCCUUCCCCGAUCUCGGCUUUCCAUCACCACUGCCUCCGACUACCACCACCGCCUCAUGCUCCAUCAACUGCCCCCCAUCCACCGCCACCUACCGGAUCGUACAUUCUGCAGAAACGCCCUCCACACCGUCAUCCGGAGAAGAUUCAUCAUUUGAACAUUCAUUGCCUGUUCCGACACCCAGGCAUACGGAUUCUCUUCUCCGGAUGGCGGCGAUUGGCCAGACAUUCGACAUCCAGCUCCCACAACGCCAUGUCGCCGCUCCUGCUCAAACCCACAAUGGCCAAACAUUUGACAUCGUCGACGAGGAUCCGACAGACGUCGACAUAGCCAGGCUGCCAAGCCUCAGCAGCCAGGGAGAGGCCACAUCCGAAUGUACAAAGGCGUUCUCCACGCAUCCGGUCUCCGUGGCCUCGACUAGAAGCUCGGUUUCACGACUCGGACAGGUCGACAGCCUGGUGGAGCGUGUGUCUUUCAGGUAAUUGUCCUUUACCAGUAUGUCUCAACACUACACACUCAAAACAUACCAAAGGGCAGUCAGAUUUAAAGUCAAGACGAGAAAGAACAUAGACUGGGGCCCAAUGGCCGUCUCCAUAUUACUUCCUCGCCCAUAUGCCAGUCUUUAAAUGUGUCCACCACCUACCCUUGCUUACAUUUCAGUGAAUUGAGUCUGAUUCCAAGUAUUCGGAAAGUGGGGGCUGAACGCCUACCUCACGGCGUUAUUGAGCUGUACGAGCCCAUCAAAACGGAGACUUGUCUGAGUAACGCUGAACGUCAAGCCUAUCCACGCAUCCACAUUCAGAGGAAACAGGGUAAGCAGUAA